GUUUCAGAUGCAAAAUUUGAUAGAUCUUUACACCGAGAUGCCGCCCGUAACGCGGGCAUAUACAACUGCAUGUGUUUUGACGACAUUGGCUGUGCAGCUCGAUUUCAUCACUCCCUUCCACCUAUAUUUUAACUGGGAUUUGAUUGUGAAGCGAUAUCAGUUAUGGCGACUCAUCACUUCGUUCUGCUUUUUCGGCUCAUUUGGCUUUAGCUUCAUGUUCAACAUGAUUUUCACCUACCGGUACUGCAUGAUGUUAGAAGAAGGUUCUUUCCGCGGAAGGAGAGCUGACUUCGUUUACAUGUUUUUGCUAGGAGGAAUUCUGAUGAUAUUGUGCGGUAUAUUCGUACAAAUGGUUUUUCUUGGACAAGCAUUUACGAUUAUGCUAGUAUACGUUUGGAGUAGACGUAAUCCUCAUAUUCAGAUGAACUUUUUUGGCGUGUUGUCUUUCACGGCUCCUUAUUUACCAUGGGUCCUACUGCUUUUCUCACUUCUUCUUGGAAACAAUGCCAUCGUCGAUUUCAUGGGUAUUGCAUGCGGGCACUUCUACUUCUUCCUCGAAGAUGUGUUCCCAUACCAGCAGCAUGGUACACGUUUGCUGAAGACACCAGGCUGGUUGAAAUGGUUGUUUGAUGAACGACAAGCAGAUCCUGUGCCCGAAGAAGAACGACCGGGUGGUUUUGGAUGGGGCGUGGAAGAUGACGAAGAUUUGAUAAUGUGA